AUGCCAAGUACUGUGACUGUCGUCGAGGAAGUGGUCCUGAAAGAUGAGACCCCGCGAAGUGUGAGGAUUCCCACUCCAAAGCCCUCGGCUGUGAUGGGAGAUGUCCCUGCCAUUACCCCUCCGCCGUCGAAACAGAACUCCCCUGUGAAGUCGUCUAAGGACAUGGCAUCAGGAGCAGAGGGGCCGCAUAUGGGCACCUUUCCCCCACCUUUGACCACGCAGGGUGGGGGUAUACCUCCAGACCUAGAGGAGGAGGAGCCAGACUAUAGCGGUAUACCUUUGGAAGAGCGACUAAAGGACAAGAGUGCUUACACGGAGAUAGACCGAACCUUAGCCGAUGAUAAUACGGAAGAGAAGGAGAAGGUCGCUACCGUGGAGUUGCUGUUGAUGAGUGCAUCGGUGGUGACCAGCGAGACCAACCCCCGCAGCCAGGAGGGGGCAUGCAAGGCUAUUGCGGCGUGUACUGGGGCUAGUAACUUCAACCUUGGGCCCUUCCUUGCUGGACUUCUGGAGAAAUACAUAUCGGGCAACCAGAAAAUUCAGGGCUUCGGUGUGGAGUGCUUGGCGAAGGCGAUCGAAGGGCAGGAGGGCCUGUCGAAGGAGGUGAUGGAAGGUGUAUGUGGGCAUGCCAAGGGUCUGUUGAAGCCGCCUAAGGGGAAGAAGAUGCCAGCUAAAGGGGUCACCAACAAACAGCUCUCUGGAUGCCUCGCUGCUCUUACUAGCCUCCUCGAGGCCUUUGGGACCACUGUGAUACCCCCAAAGGAGUUCCUCAGCUUGGGUGUUGAGGCAUGUGGGAGCACUGACAGAGGCGUGAAGGAGGCGGG